AUGCUUCCCACUCCCGAGGUCAAGCACAUCGAUUAUGACACAGUAUACGAACCGUCGGAAGACUCGUUUCUCUUGCUCGACUGCUUUGAGCAAGAGCUCUCGUUUCUAACUACUAAGUUCUCUACAACCAUACCUAUAGUCACAGAGAUCGGAACGGGCUCAGGUAUCGUCACCACAUUUCUUCAGAAAAACAUUCUCCAGAAGGCCAUAUACAUCAGCACAGAUGUGAAUCCUCAUGCCUGCAAGACAGCACUCCAUACAGUUAAAGUAAACAAUGCUGAUUCUGAAUCUGAAAAAUCUGAAAAAUCAAAGAAUGAAAAAUCAACCCCCGAACUAGUAGAUAUCUGCCAGAUGGACCUCGUUUCUGCUAUACGACCCAAGAUUGAUGUUCUAUUAUUCAACCCUCCAUAUGUACCCGCUGGCGAAGUGCCGACGAUACCCAACAAGGAAGAUGACUCUACGUGGCUUGAUUUAGCUCUUCUUGGAGGUGAAGAUGGAAUGGUGAUUACCUGGAAAGUUUUGGAUCUGCUAGACUCGAUUUUAGCUGAAAAUGGAGUGGCUUACAUCCUAUUCUGUGCCAGAAAUAAACCAGACUUCGUAGCUAACGAGAUGACGAAAAGGGGUUGGAAAGUUAAGGAGAUUAUCCAGAGGAAAGCAGGCUGGGAAGUGCUCUGUGUAUUGAGGUUCCAAAGGCUAUGA